UGCCGCUUCUCUCCGCCAUCGCCACGCCACGCCACGCCACGCCACGCCAGGAUGAUGAGGAGCAGCAGCAUCAAGGCCGCUACUGAGCUUGUCAGUAUCAGUACAAGAGCAACAAGCCCGAUCAUUGCUGCAACCCGCCGUCAAUUGCCCGCCACUGGAGCUCGCAGUGGUGGCCUCUCGUUGAGGGCAACCCGCUCAAUGUGUUCCUCACGGCCAAGGCUCUUCCUCAACGACCUGGCAAAAAUACUGGGCGAAGCUGCGCCAAAGGGUGGUCCAUCGUCACAGCCUACGCGGUAUACAGACUCAAAAGUUUUAAACUAUACCCCUACCGAGCUCUACGCCAUUGUGUCAGACGUCGAUUCAUACUCUGAGUUCCUCCCUUUUUGUACAGAGUCCAAGGUUACAGGACCUGCUCCUAAGGAGGAAGAACCAAACGCUGGAGCCACGAAGCGCGUGCAUGCUGAGCUGGGUGUCGGGUUCAAGAGCUUCAGAGAGCGAUAUACGAGCUUGGUUGAGAUGAAGGAGGGAGAAUGGGUUGCAGCAACCGCUCUCCCUCACCACCUCUUCCAGCAUCUUUCGACAAGGUGGAACUUUGUGCCGUGCCGUACCACGCCCUCCUCCUCAUCCCAGUCUUCAACUCGCAUAGACUUUUCACUAGACUACGCCUUCACCUCACCGAUAUACAACGCCGUGGCAGGUGGCAUCUUCGCGGAGCUGUCCAAGAAGAUGAUGCAGAGCUUCGAGGAAAGGGCGGUCGAGCUUUACGGAAAGAGGUGAUGACGAAGUGACUGCGCAGGAUACGGGAGGAUGGAUAAUUUAGAGUUGCUUCAAUAAUAAUAGAGAGCUCCUCGAAAUGCUUUUUCGCCAUCA